UCAUCCUCACCUAGGCAUACCAUGGACGAGACACAGGAGUCGCUAGCCUUGACUGUGCAUCUUCUUGCUGACACUGGGAACGGCUCGCUUCUGCAGCAGGCGCUGGACCAACUCCUGGAUUGCAUCUGCCCAGAGGUGCGUCUCUUCCUGGUGUCUGAACGGGCCAGACCAGUGAAUUACCAUGAAAGGUACCACCCCCGGAGGGCCCGUUUCCCAGGGAUGUCUGUUUCGCUCUUUCUUCAAGAAAGCCUAGGACAGGAGCGGCUGUUUCGAGUCUUGGACUUCCUACAACAUUCACCCUGGCAGGGUUUCCCUACCCAGCAUGCACAGGGGAGGCCUUGUACCUAUCUCCCUGCCAACCAGGAAUUCUACAGUCUGCACAACCAGAUGCCAGUGUGGGGCAUAAGGCCAGUGCAUUGUGGCACUGAUAUCCUCAGAGUGACUCUGUACUGCAGUUUUGACAACUACGAGGAUGCCAUCAGGCUGUACGAGAUGAUCUUGCAGAGAGAUGCCACCAUGCAGAAGAGCAACUUCUGUGUCUUUGUUCUCUAUGCCACCAACGGCUUCAGCCUGCAGCUCUCUCUGAAGCAGCUGCCUCUGGGAAUGCCAGUGGAUCCCAAAGAGUCUUCCGUGCUGCAGUUCAAGGUUCAAGAGAUCGGCCAGCUGGUGCCUCUUCUACCCAAUCCCUGUGUUCCCAUCAGCAGCACCAGGUGGCAGACUCAGGACUAUGACGGCAAUAAGAUUCUGCUGCAGGUCCAACCGAAGCCAGGACUUGGUGUUAGAAAUGCUGAGUGCUCCUUCCUGAAUGGCAGCCUCAGCGGUGACGUGCAUCGACGGUGCUCCAGGCUGAACUCUGACUUCACACCGAGAACCUUAGAGCCACGGAGCCGGAGGAGCAGGAGCCGGAGGUUCAAAGUACAUUCUCUGGAGCUUCCCCAGCCCAGUGGGACAUCGGAAAGCUCUAGCGACCCUUUCUGGAGUAGCCCUGGCCGGACCUACCUGGCAGAUAGCUCAGACACAGGUUUGCGGCAGUACCGCCUGUCUGUCCCCAUGGAGCCUGAGAUGCGAAUGCAUGCCCUUCAGGAAAACAGCUUCCAGAAACUUGAGGCAGAGACAAAUGUUGACACUGGCUUCACCGUCAUCAAUUCCAAACCCAGGCAAUCUUUUAUGAGAUUUCCCAGGGAUUUUCAGAACAGUCAGCCACCAUGCUGCUUGUCGAGCUCUUCCUUCGAGGCGACUGCUUCCUCAAACCAAAGAGUCGUAAAGGACAGACUCCGUCCUCUGUCACUUCCUGGUCAAAGGGACUUUGGUAUAAAGAAGAGAAUCUCAAAAUGUGCCCACCAUCUUCCUGUCCACGGCGAAGAGAAAGAAGAAUUCUUCAUCUAGCAUAAAACGAAUGUGUCUAAGAACAGAUAAGAUAGAAUGUUCUAGAAACAAAGCAUUGUAUUAGUUGCCCCUCUCUCUGAAAUACCUGACAAAAGCAACUUAAGGAAGACUAUUUUGUCUAAUACUUCAGUGGGAAGGUCCAUUCGGGAAGUCACGGAAGUGAGAGUGUGAGGCAGCUGAUUAUGCGCCUUUAUGGUCAGGUGGCCGAGCAGGAGGGAGGAUGCCGGGGCUUGGCUUGCCUUUUUUUUGUUGUUGUUGUUCCAUCUGGGACUCGGGCCCAUGGAAGAACCCACCCAUUUUCAGAGUGGGUCUUCCUUCCUCAGUUAAAUCUUUCUGGAAACACUCUUACAGAUACACCCCAGGUGCAUUUCCACGGUGAGUCUAAAUCUAGUUAGGUUGACAAUGAAGGUUAGAACUACAAACGCUGAUCCAGGAUCGUCUAGUUUCUUGCUCGUCCGCGAGGCCCCCAGGCUCUCAAUGUACAGGUUCAUAGUGCUUUCAUUUCCAGUAUUAGAAGUCCAUGAGGGGCUGAUAGUUUGCGGGCUGGAAGGAAGAGAAUUCAGCCAGGCAGAGGAAGCAAGCCCAGUGCCUGGACUUCUCAGUGGCACACUAACCCAGCUACAUGUGUUGGCUCAGCACCCUGAUUAGAACACUGGCAUUAUAUGCAAAUGAAUCACAUACACUAUGCAGAUAUGAUUAGUGGGUGUAAUUUGGCUUUAAUUUUUACUUGAGAUUGCAUGGUUUAUUCCCCCUGGACAGUGUGAACUAUUUAUUCUUUAGUGCUUUUCAAUUUUUAUGUGACCUCCUUUGGUAAGUAGGCCCUGUUUACCACAUACCCUCUUGUGGUUUUCCUUUCAAAGUUCUUUGCAUCUGAAAUGACUGAAAAUGCAAAGUGUUUUAAAAAUUAUUACCCCCUGCCCGCCCAGUUUAAUUAGUAAGAGUACCAGAAGCCAGAAAGCUAGGGCAAAGUGAAUGCUAGACUCUGUGAUAAUUCUAUUUCUCAUUUGUUUAUGGCCUACUCUGAACGGGGCAGCACUUCUUGUUAAAAAACCAAGGAAGACAUGGGAUGAUUAGCAAAUUUCAGCUCUCCGCUGAGCACAGCCGAAAGGUUGUGCUGACUGAGUCACUAAAACAGGACUUGUGAACUAGAUGUCUUUUGGGGGCUCCCAGGGUUUUCUGCAGUUCUUAUUCAUUCGUUUAUAUGUUCACACCAUUCAUAUUUUUGCCUGCCUUAUGAUGUAUGUAUGAUACGAUACCUAGACAUUUUGUGGCCCCCAAACUCAAAAGGUGGCAAUGGUUUUGCAACUGCGAUAAUCUACAGAACCAACUCUUUAAAGAGGGGUGAGGGGUUGAGAUUCAGACUUAGUCCACAAUCCAGGCCCAUGUUUGCCAUAUAAAGAAGCACUGCCUUUGUUACUUGUCUCAUUGGUUUGAUAAAAUACCACAACAAAAGCAAGUUAAGGGAGGGAGGGAUUGCUUUGGCUGACAGUUCUGGGUUGCAAUCCAUGAUGAUGGGAUCCUCCUGGUUCCAGAGUUUGAGGUCUCUGGACUCAUUGCCAGCUCGAGGAAAACCCACCCACUUUUAGGUAUAUUCAUCCUAUCUCAAUUAACCUAGUCAAAAUAAUCCUUUGCACGCACUCCCAGAGACUUGACCUAGGCAUCCCAACCCAAUCACGAGCAUUCGUAACCUGCAAGUGGAGACGGCCAAUAUUAUAAAGUGCAGUUUACGGUCUUGAAAUCAUAGUCACAAGGAACACAAUCUCUGCUGCCCAAAUGCUGGAGUGUGGGGAUUAGGUGUAUACUCAUGAUUAAAAAUAAAAGGAAGCUGUUAGUGCC